GGCGCGCGGCCUCCCCUCGGCACGGACUGCCAGCGGACGACCCCUGUCCCGGGGCGCCACCCCUGCCCCGGGUCAGAUGCGGCCGGGUCUGGUUUCGGAGCCGGGCUCCCCGCAGCCGGCCGGGCCCGAGUUCCCUCCCUUCUCGCCGGCUCCCCUGGUCCGGCCGAGCGCGGCCGUCCCCUCCCCCCACGGGCCAUUGUGAGGUCAGGCCGGCGGGCGUGUCGUGGGGCCCGGACGAGACGCCCGGAGCGGCCGCUGCGGCCAGUAGCUGCCGCUGCCACCGCCGGCCCCUUCACCGGCUGCCCCGUUCAGACGUAGCCGGGACGGGGAGAGAGAUGCGGCUUGGGGCGCAGCUCCGAUACCGCACCCUGUGAAGGGUCGAUCUUCCAUCUGGCCACUUCACCCACGGGAAGCCGAGACCAAACCAGCUUAGACCGCUGCUGGUGCUUGUGAAACUGAACACAACAAAAGUAUGGAGAUGGGAAACCAACAUCCUUCCAUUAGUAGGCUCCAGGAAAUCCAAAAGGAGGUAAAAAGCAUAGAACAGCAAGUAAUUGGUUUCAGUGGCCUGUCAGACGACAAGGAUUACAAGAAACUGGAGAGGAUUCUAACAAAGCAACUUUUUGAAAUAGACUCGGUAGAUACUGAAGGAAAAGGAGAUAUUCAGCAAGCUAGGAAGAGGGCAGCACAAGAGACAGAGCGUCUUCUCAAAGACUUGGAGCAGAACGCAAACCACCCACACAGGAUCGAAAUAGAGAACAUUUUUAAAGAAGCCCAGUCCCUGGUGAAAGAGAAGAUUGUGCCAUUUUACAGCGGAGGCAACUGCGUAACUGAUGAGUUUGAAGAAGGCAUCCAGGAUGUCAUUUUGAGGCUGACACACGUUAAAACUGGAGGCAAGAUCUCCUUGCGGAAAGCACGGUAUCACACUUUAACCAAAAUCUGUGCAGUGCAAGAGAUUAUCGAGGACUGCAUGAAAAAGCAGCCUUCCCUGCCGCUUUCUGAGGACGCGCACCCCUCAGUUGCCAAAAUUAACUCUGUGAUGUGUGAAGUGAACAAGGCCAGAGGCACUCUGAUUGCCCUUCUUAUGGGAGUGAACAGUAAUGAGACUUGCAGGCACUUAUCUUGUGUGCUCUCGGGGCUGAUGGCUGAUCUGGAUGCUUUAGACGUGUGCGGGCGCACAGAAAUCAGAAACUACCGGAAGGAGGUCGUGGAAGAUAUCAACCAGUUAUUGAAGUACUUGGAUUUAGAAGAGGAAGCAGAUACCACUCGUGCUUUUGACCUGGGGCAGAAUCAUUCCAUUUUAAAAAUAGAAAAGGUCCUCAAGAGAAUGAGAGAAAUAAAACACGAACUGCUUCGAGCCCAGAAUCCUUCCGAAUUGUACCUGAGCUCCAAGACAGAACUGCAGGCUUUGAUUGGACAGUUGGAUGAGGUAAGUCUUGAAAAAAACCCCUGCAUCCGGGAAGCCAGGAGAAGAGCAGUGAUUGAAGUUCAGACCCUCAUCACUUACAUCGACUUGAAGGAAGCCCUUGAGAAAAGAAAGGUGUUUGCUUGUGAGGAGCACCCCUCACACAAAGCGGUCUGGAACGUCCUGGGAAACUUGUCAGAGAUCCAGGGGGAAGUUCUCUCGUUUGACGGCAGUCGAAAUGAUAAGAACUACAUCCGGCUGGAAGAGCUGCUCACGAAGCAGCUGCUUGCCCUGGACGCCGUUGACCCACAGGGAGAGGAGAAGUGUAAGGCUGCCCGGAAACAGGCAGUGAAGCUUGCACAGAAUAUUCUCAGCUAUCUCGACUUGAAAUCCGAUGAAUGGGAGUACUGACACGCCAGAGAGCCCACGGUUGAUCGUUCUUAUUUUGCACUUUAUAUAUAUGUGUACUUAUAGAGCGCUUUCAGUUUGUUGAGCCUGAAUGUCCGUUAUACAUGCAUAUGUCAAUCUCAGUAUUUAUGAUUUAAGCAAAUUCAGUAUCUCUGCUGCUUUUGAUGUUGAAAAACAAAUAUUGCAACAUAUUAACUUUUCCAUUUGGA